CACACACAUACACACACACACACACACACACACAGAGGAGCAAGUAGAUAAUAUAAAUAUGUAAAAUAACAUAUGGAAAGAAAUGAUGCCAGGAGGUAAAUAGGGAGUCCUUUCCUUGGUUGGGCUUCACUGACUCAGGGGCCCCUAAGUGAAGGAGGCAUCUCCAGGUCUUUGGCCAACAGAAAAUAUUCCCUGACUCUUUGCUUUGGAGGAAUAGUGGUAAUGAUGAUGGUGAUGGUGGUUUGGGUACAUAGUGGUAAAGAUGGUAAUUUAAAAAAAUUUUUUGUUUUUAGUUGGAGAUGGAUACACAAUAUCUUUAUUUAUUUGUAUGUGGUGCUGAGAAUUGAACCCAGUGCCUUACACAUGCCAGGCAAGUGCACUACUGCUGAGCUACAACCCCAGCCCAAGAUAUAUUUUUAAUCAUUAUAUGAACUUUGCAGAAGAGACUUCAUGUCCCCAUUUUGCAAAUGAGGAAACUGAGGCACCAGGUGAUUAAGUCACAACAGCUAGAAAUGGUUCCUCCAGAGUUGAACCCAGGGCCAUGUAAUGGUCCUAAGGCAGAAAUUAUGGGACCUACAAGUUAUCUCCAUGAGGACCUAGAGAGCCCAAGACUUUCUUCAACAUCUGGAAGGCUGUGGAAUUUAUCUGGAAAGGCAACUCCAUGGCGGGCCUGUCACUUCAGUGCAUCCUAACCUUCCCUGUCAAGAGAAUGACCACUUGUCCCUGGAUAAACCAGGGCUGGAUCCAAACAUUCACACUGGACCAAACAUGUGGGAUGUGGGUUUGGCAACAACAUAAACACAAAAUUACUUGCCCUGGAGUGACUGUGCAAAGGUCUAGAAAAUAUUUGUCCUCUGUUAUGGUGGAUCUGAGCCCUUUUAGAGUAGGGUCAGGCAUUCAUUAGUCUGAUUCAUAGAAGCAGAGCUUUGUAGAUUUCUCCUGUGUCCAGCUUUGGGUCUGCUGAGAGCUGUGGCUAGACCAGGAUGAGCUAGAUCAGGGUCCCCAAAAGCUUCUGGUCUAGCCAAGGAGACCAGAGUCUCACAGUUGAGAGCAGUCAGGAUGACUGCAGUACUGGGGGUUAGGUGAGGUGAGCCCCAGACCAUGUCACCAGCCUUGUGUUCUCCAACCUCAGAUGCUAACUUGCUCUGUGGCACUGAUCCCCCCAAUGCUUGUGACAGGUUGGCAGGGGCAGCUCUGAGUUCCCAGCAGUCUGAGACUCUGAUAUAAGGACAUAGCUAUCAGGGUGACAGUGGAGAAAAUAAACCACAGAGGAGGCAAAGCAGGGUGGGCCUCAGAGUGCAGAAGUGGAAGGACUGGGAUCUGGGGAUGAGGAGUGGAACCAGGAGGUGAAGGUGUAGAAGUGGAGCAAUGAGCCUCCAGCCUCACCUAAGGCUGACACAGGGAAUUCUGGCUGCCUUCUGCACCAGACUGAGCUGUGCAGACUGGAGCUACUGACUCCACUGGGAAUGAAUUCCAUUCCCCUUCCCCAAGAGAAGCUCUUUUUUCCCCCCCUUUCUGGGUACUGGGAGAACCAAGGAGCACUUUACCACUGAGCCACAUCCCCGAUCUUUUUCAUUUUGAGACAUUGAGUUGCUUAGGGCCUCACUAAGUUGCUGGGGCUGGCUUUUAACUUGCAAUCCUCUUGCCUCAGCCUCCUGAGUCACUGGGAUUACAGGCAUGUGCCACUGUACCUGGCCAAGAGCAGCCCUUAAAAAAUAUGGGAGACCCUUCCGCUCAACCCACAUCACUUUCUCCCCUCAGUGCUUCCCCUGGAGAGGCAGCUCCAUGAGGCCGCCCAAAAGAACAACAUUGGGAAGAUGAAGGAGCUGAUGGGGAGGAGGGUUAACAUCCGGGCCAGAAAUCACUUUGGGAUGAACGCGCUUCUCCUGUCUGCCUGGUUUGGUCACUUGCGAAUCCUCCAGAUCCUGGUAAACUCUGGGGCCAAGAUCCACUGUGAGAACAAGGAUGGCCUGACUCUGCUGCACUGCGCAGCCCAAAAAGGCCAUGUGCCUGUGCUGGCGUUCAUAAUGGAGGACCUGGAGGACGUGGCCCUGGACCACGCGGACAAGCUGGGAAGGACCGCGUUUCACAGGGCUGCUGAGCACGGGCAGCUGGAUGCUCUGGACUUCCUCGUGGGCUCUGGCUGUGACCACAGUGUCAAAGACAAGGAGGGGAACACAGCCCUUCACCUGGCUGCUAGCCAGGGGCACAUGGCUGUGUUGCAGCGCCUUGUGGACAUCGGGCUGGACCUGGAGGAGCAGAAUGUGGAAGGUCUGACAGCUCUGCAUGCGGCUGCUGAAGGAGUGCACCCCGACUGUGUGCAGCUGCUCCUCAGGGCCGGGAGCGAUGUGAAUGCCCUCACCCAGAAAAGGCUGAGCUGCCUCCACUACGCAGCUCUUGGUGGCUCUGAGGACAUGUGCCGGGCCCUCAUUCAUGCAGGAGGCUGCACCAAUGUGGCUGAUCAUCAGGGUACUUCUCCUGUGCACCUGGCUGUGAGACACAACUUCCCUGCCCUGGUCCAGCUCCUCAUCGAGGCCCACAGUAACCUGGAUGCCAUCGACAAUAGGCAGCAGACGCCCCUCCACCUGGCCGCUGAGCACGCCUGGCAGGACAUAGCAGAGAUGCUCCUCGUGGCUGGGGUCGACUUAACCCUGAGAGAUAAGCAAGGAAAAACCGCCCUGGCAGUGGCCGCCCGCAGCAACCACGUCAACCUGGUGGACAUGAUCAUAAAAGCAGACCGUUUCUACAGGUGGGAGAAGGACCACCUUUCAUGCAGGGACCCCAAUGACUCCUCGGGAAAGAACUUGUCCUUUAAGCAGGACCAUCAGCAAGAAACACAGCAGUUCCGCUCUGUGCUGUGGCGACUGGCCUCCAGGUAUCUGCGGCCCCAGGAGUGGAAGAAGCUGGCAUGUUCCUGGGAGUUCACCGAGGCACACAUCUAUGCCAUCGAGCAACAGUGGACAGGCACCAGGAGCUAUCAGGAGCAUGGCCACAGGAUGCUGCUCAUCUGGCUGCAUGGCGUGGUCAUGGCUGGUGAGAAUCCCAGUAAAGCGCUGUUCGAGGGCCUGGUGGCCAUUGGCAGGAGGGACCUGGCUGGUAAGAGUUGGGCUCACAAGCUGUGUGCCCCUAGCUGGAAUGUGGCCCAGCCCCAAGGGGCUGCUCAGACUAGUAAGCUGUAUUGCUGACUGAAUCUUCCAGAUUCCUAGUCCUAGCCCUCCUUCCUCCUCAAACCCAGGAGGAGCCUUGGGCAAAUCGCAGUGCCCCUUGGCCCUGGUUUCUCCAUCCUUGUAGUGAGGGUGGGCGGCCUAAAUGAACCCUCUGAUUUUCACAACCCCCUAUAAUCUCUCCCUUGCCAACCCUCCAUGCCUUGAAUUUCGCCCCUAGUUUGGAAUAAGUCUAGAACAGCCUUCAGACUUCUUUUUCACAAAAUAAGACUUGAGAAACCGGCUUAAUAGAGUUGAACCAGUCAGAUCUGGAAAAUAAAACUUCUGAGGUCAUCACAACCUACUUAAUCAUGCCAAUCCCAAAAUCCUGAUUUGGGACUCAGAGAGUCCCGUGGAACCUUCAGGCCAGGAGGAUAAAAGGUCUGGCACUAAUUCCUCAUUAAAAAACAAAAUCAGCUCACGACAAAAAAGUUUUAAACACUGUAAUGUCCCUGGGGUGCUGGCUGACCCGUGGCUGCCAUAGGCAAGGUGGGAAAGCAGAGAAUUAUUUGUGGGUGGAGGAAUUAGGGAUGGAUUUUAUCUUUUUCCAAAAUAUUCUCAUAUAAAAUUGUUGUACCUUUUCUUAGCACCAAGUCUGGCAGGAAAUUAAAAUAUAAAACCUGCCCUGGAGGGUAGAACUGAAGCCAUAAGAUUCUUGUGUUUUGCAGAGAGUAUUAGGAAGAAAGCAAAUGCUGAGCCGAAGGCCCCCAGGAGGUGCACAGCCAUGUAAUCAGGGGCCACCUGAACAGAAGAUGACCAACCCUUAAGUGCUUUUCAAAUGACCACUGUUAACAGACCCACAACUGUUUCUACUGAAGUGUGUAGUGAAGCAGACACCAGCAGGCAAAUGCUUAUAAUCCUUUUUGGGAGGACUGGUCCAGAGGAGGCCUGUUCUAGGUUUUGCAGGUGAUCCCGUCCCAGGUCCUUUGGCUCUUUGCUCAUUUUCACCUCUAUUAUCUUAGACACUCACAGUCUCUUCCCUGCUAUUCAAGGGACAUCUUUACAGAUAGAACACUGAGGCCCAGGGAGGAGUAGCUACUUGCCCAAGUCACACCACUAAUCAGAUGAUGGGGCCUGUUGUCAAACCCAGCAGGCCUCCCACCCAACCCGGGGAAAGGGCUCCAUCUGUCUCUUUCAAAAUGAACUCUUCUUAAUUUGUUCACUG